CGGAAACGCCGGGUUUAACUGGCGGACCGGAAGUCGGCUCUCGCCGGUGGUUUGCGAACGCCGCGGGUUUUUCGAUUCACUUUUAAAGAAUUUGCGCUGUUGUUGAAGAACGUGCAGAGUCUGUCGGUGCAAGAACGAAAUGCAAUGGAUGUUCUUCGACCAAUGCUGAUUAAUAUUGAAGGUCGAAUUUACCGAAAAAACCUGGUCAAAGAGCAAGUACAUCAGAAUGAGGAAGAGGAAGACUUCAAUUACUCUGGUGCUGUAGAUUGUUUGGAUGAGCCAUGUGACUCUCUAACUAUUGAUCACACAGAGCGAGGAUAUCGAUGUGCUAUGGCAGUACCCAGUGCUCUUUAUAAAUAUGUUAUUGGAAAGAAAGGAGAAACAAAAAGGAGACUCGAGACUGAAACUCGGACUUCCAUAACCAUACCUAAACCUGGAGUGGAAGGAGAGAUAGUCAUUACUGGACAGCAACAGUCUGGUGUGAUUUCAGCCCGAACUCGAAUUGAGGUGAUGUUGGACAGUUUCCGCAGGAAGCAGCCCUUUACUCAUUUCCUAUCUUUUGCUAUUAACCAUCCAAAGAUUCAAGAACGGUUCCUGAAGUUUAAGGAGGAGGUUUUGGAUCUCUGCUCUCAGGAUCGUGGGAUUGACAGCAGCAUUUUCCAGAAUCCAGCCAAACUGCAUCUGACAAUUGGAACUCUGGUCCUCCUUAAUGAUGUGGAAGUUGGGAAAGCUUGUGAGCUGCUGCAGAAGUGUAAGGAGGAUUUCAUCAAUGAUGUUAUAUGCAAAAAGCCACUUCUCAUUAAUGUAGGAGGGAUUGAAUAUAUGAAUGAUGACCCAGGAAUGGUGGAUGUUCUUUAUGGAAAAAUUCAAACAAAAGAUGGGACGAAUAAGUUACAGCUAAUUGCCGAUGGAUUGGUGGAGCGCUUCAUUGCAUCAGGACUCAUGGGAAAGGAGUGGGACCGGGUGAAACUCCACGCGACUCUGAUGAACACUAUCUUCAGAAAGGACCCAACUGUUGAAGACAGAAACGCAACUUCAGGAAAAUACAAUCCGCGUGAAAGGGAGUCAUUUGAUGCAAGAAAUGUGCUAAAGAAAUUUGAAAAUUACCAUUUUGGUGAAGUCGAGCUGAACGCUGUGCACAUCUCCCAAAGGUUCUCCUCUGACAGUUCUGGGUUCUACGCUUCUUCUGGAGUCAUUAACUUCUCAUAGGCCACAGUCUUAAUGAACCAUGAUUAAUCUUCAGGCAGUGAUGUGCAGGAUAACAUCCUCUGAAGAGUAUAUCUAAAAGAUAAAACUUUCACGGCUCACUGUUGUAUCUUUAGAGAAACAAUCUCAUACUUGCCAAUUAAUUACUGAUGCACGUCCUCUCUUCUGAGGAGAGGAGUUGAAUCAAUAUUCACAGUUCUACAAGAACAUCCUACUGACAUAAAGGCCAUCAUUGUUAGCACAUUUGUGUAAAGAACGGUGAUUGUAGUGCAGUGCUGUUUGCUGGAGAAGACGUGAUUUCACAUUUUUAAUUCAUGACUUUAUAUCAAUACCUGCAAAUUAGGAUAAGGGUUAGAUAUUUAUAUUUGCUUGAAAUAUUUGAUUUGAGAUGUUUAAUAUGUUUUUACCUAUUAAGCUGAGCUGAGAUAUUAGUGCUGGGAAAUGAAACACCUUUCCAUUUUGGGCACCCAGGUCAGUCAUAGCAAUAUACAGAGUAAAGCAUGAAGCUCUACUUGUGUCAUUAUGUAAAAAUAAUAAUCCUUGCAUUUGAU